AUGAUGCUAUUACGUUCUCCCCAAUUCCUGGUAUUCAUAUUAUUCGCAAGUGUCGACUCGCUGAAGAUUCUCAUCUACUCGCCGUCGUUCAGUGGAAGCCAUACGAAUUUUAUGGCGCGAUUGGCGGAUGUGCUGACCGAAGCCGGCCACAAUGUCACAUUUUUGGUGCCGGUUGGCGACGAUGCGCGAAAAACUCAACUCGGCGUCAAAUUGACGAACGACGUCGUCGUUGUUGAGAGGGACGAGCUGAUGAGGCAUUCGAACGUCUCCGAAAUGGAUAGCGGCAUGAAGAAUAUGUGGCUGAAGGAGCAGAAUCACAAUGAUGUCACUGAGAUGUUGAUGUUUCUCCGAAAUAUUUUCACCGCGGUGUGCGCGAAUCUAUUGCGCAACACCCAAGUGUUCGACGAGUUGAAAUCGAGACAAUUCGAUGUCGGGAUUCUGGAGCCGCUUGCCGCCUGCGGAUUAUUGUACAUGAAUCAGCUUGGAAUCGAGAAGACCAUUCUGGCAUCAUCGACGGUGAUGUUCGACAAUAUUCCAGUGAACUGCGGUGAGGAUCUUGAGCCGAGCCAUCAGCCAGCGCUGAUGGGAUUGAGUUCCGACGAUAUGAAUAUUUUUGAGCGCUAUGAGAACUGGAGGAUCAUGAAGACUACCAUUGAUACCACUGAUGGAACGUUCGACGAGGAGCUUGAGAUCUACCGACAACAUUUUGGGAAUGAUGUGCCGCAUUGGCGGGACUUGUUCCCAUCAGCGUCGAUAAUGUUCACAAACGCGAAUCCGCUAUUGGAUUUCCCGCGUCCAAUGUUGUCCAAAACAAUUCCGAUCGGCGGGAUUACUGUGCAUUUGAAGAAGAUUCGAGAAGCCAAAUUGGACGAUGAGUGGGAUGAGGUUCUUAGUGAGUGGGAUGAGGUUCUUAGGGGACGAGCGAAGACGAUUCUCGUCUCGUUCGGAUCAAUGACAGCCUCCUCUGAUAUUCCCAUUAGUUGGAGGAAGAAUAUGGUGAAAGUGUUCGCCUCAAUGAAGCACGUCACCUUCAUUUGGAAAUACGAAACCGACGAACUAGAAUUCGCGAAAGAAGCUGACAAUAUUUAUUUUUCGAAAUGGGUCCCGCAGCCGGCCCUUCUCGCCGAUCAUCGAUUAACCGCAUUUUUGACGCACGGUGGUCUAGGGAGUACGAACGAACUGGCGUAUUGUGGGAAACCGGCCAUCCUGGUGCCGGUGUUUGCGGACCAAUACAGAAACGCGAAAAUGCUUGAAAGACAUGGUGGAUCAAUUUUAUUGAAGAAGGAAGAUUUGGAUGAUUCGAGCAUUCUUAAAGACGCUUUGAUCAAAAUUCUGUACGACGAGUCGUACACGAAACAUGCUCAUCAUUUAGCCGAGCAAUUGGAGCAUCAGCCUCUCAAACCCAAAGAGCUUGUCGUCAAAUACACCGAGUUCGUCGGAAAGUACGGACCAUUGGACAAAUUGGACCCGCAAUCGAGAAAGCUGAAUUUCAUUCAGAAGCAUAUGCUCGACGAAUUUUUCUUUGAAGAGAUCCAUCGCGCAUAUGUGGAAUAG